UAAAAUGAGUCUCUUACGAAUAGAGUAUAACGUUUAAAGCACGCGCUAAAAGAGAAAAGACUGCGGUGAACGGAAGUUGAGGGUCGUUCCAUAAACCCUGAACGCAACAUUUCCUUGCAACCCGGGAAAUCAAACUCGCUCUUCUGCAAAACAACAUACUGGACGUGCUUGCAUGCGGCAUCUGGUCAUUACAAGAGCCACCAACUUCUUAAAAUAACCCACAUCUGUGUGCGGGGUCUGAGCACAGGAACGUCUGCCUGCACGUGACGGAGCAUGUGCAGCUACAGCGACUCCACCAGUGACCUCGAUGAGGAGCUGCCCGUGUUUGACUUCCUCCAGGCGGGUCGACGGCGAGCUUCCCAGAGCCGUGUUGAGGCGUCCGCAGCAAAGGGCGACGCGGCCGCCGGCGGCACGGGGGCGGCGGAUGUGCUGAUGAUCAGCAGCGAUUCUGAUGACUGCGCACCUUACGUCCCUCUGGCACAGAGGCUGGAGCAGAGACGACGUAAAGCGAUUAGCCCCUCCUCCUCUUCCUCUUCCUCCUCCUACGCCGCCGCCGGUAAUGGGGAAGACGGCGAGCGCUGUCCGCCAUCUAAUCUCCCCCGCCCGAACGGGCCGUCGGGUUCAGACUGGCUGCUCGGCCUCCGUCAGGCGAGGACGGCGAGCCGCGGUGCCUCUCCUGUCAGGAGGAAACCCGCCGGGCGAGGACAGCAGAAAGACAAAGAGGAACGAGAGAGGCAGAAGGCCGAGAGGAAGGCUCUGGCCGAGGCCGCCAAGGCCUUGAGGCCCGAGGAGUGCAUCAAGCGCAUGGUGGUGGCCGUGGACCCGGCUCUCCUACAGCUGGAAGGAGGCGGCGUGCUGCUGUCCUCGGUUCAGGCUCUGGGCUGCAGCUGCGCCGUCGAGAAACAAUCCGUACCACGCAGCGUCAGCUGGAUGAGGAGAGCGGCCGGCGCCCAGCCAGGCGGUGGCGGCGGCGGCGUGCCCGAGGCCCACGUGGUGAUGCAGGUGACGGUGGACGACUUCGUCACUCUGGUCCAGGGAUACGUUCAGGAAGAGGGGCGUGUCCCGUGUGGCUCCGGUCCCUCUCUGACGUCCUGGGUGCAGGAGCAUCAGCGGCGGCACCCCGGCAAGGUGCUCAGCCUGGCGGUCAUCGACCUGGAGAGCUACUUCAGGUCCCAGAAGUCCCAGAGCCAGAAGCGCUUCAGAGAGGCGGUCGCUGGCGAGGAGCUGGGGGGGGAAGGGAAAGCGAAGAGGAGGAGGAAGAACGGCGGAGAGGAGGCGCGACCCGAGGUGUCGCAGGUGGAGGUGGAGGAGGCGGUGGUGCAUCUCCAGCUCCACACCGGCGUCUCCGUCCGCUUCCUGUUGACCUGGAAGGACUUCUCGGCUCACAUCGCCAUGACGACCAAAGCGGUGGCGGAGGCGCCUUUCAAGCGAGAGAGGGAGCAGACGGGCUUUUCGUUCCACCUGGAGAGCGAGUGGGCGGGGGGGCAGCGGGUGGACCGAGGGGGGAGGGGCCUGCUGCAGGCCUGGAGGAGGCAGAUCCAGCAGUUCAACAGGGUCAGUCCCGACAUGGCCUCGGCCAUCCUGGUCGCGUAUCCCUCCCCACAGCUGCUCCGGAAGGCUUACAGUCAUUGCAAGAGCGACCGUGAGAAGAUCUCCCUCCUGUCCGACCUGGUGGUCCGGCGAGGGGAAGGCGUGACCUCCACGGCGCGCCGCGUCGGCCCGGAGCUCUCCAAGCGCCUCUUCCUCCUGAUGAACUCCUGCGACCCGCAGCAGACACUGGACUCCACCGUCUGACCACCUUUUAAUCAAGAUGUUUAUCGUCUUUGGACUAUCAUGCAAUUUUUAAACUAUGGAGUUGGGAUUCCUUUUAAUUCAUUUUCUUCUCAUGUAUAAAGUGAAGUUUUUAUCCCAAAUUGUAUUUUUGAAGAUUGCAAUCAUUAAAAGGUAAAAUAUUCUGAGCAGUUCUGCACAAACUACGUCAACCGGCCAAGUGAAGCCGGCGGUGAAGCGUCUUUAAGACGUGCGUUCUCUCUCCUGACCAGCAGGGGGCGACUCCUCCAGUUGCAAAAAGAAGACUGAUUGUCUAGAAGUUUAUGAGGAAAUGAUUACUCUUGAUUUAUUACCUCAGUAAACAUGAAUUUAUAACAAUAGUACAUUUAAAAUGUACUGAAGGCACAUAAACAUGAGUUUAUUUCUCAAUCUCUAGUUUCAAGACAGCAUGAUGUUCAUUUAGUACAGUGGUUCUUAAACUGUGCGGCGCGCCCCUCUACUGGGACACCAAGGCAUUACAGGUUAUUAUGCAAGGGUAAUUAAAUGCAGAUUUAAAAAAGUAUAUAGAUUUUAGUUUUUCACAGGUUUCACUCUUGUUAUUAUCAUGAAGAGAUAUUCAGUGCAAAACAGGUUCAUUGCAGCCACAAUAAGCAGUUUGCCAAAUAUUAUUUAUUUUUGCACAGCUAUAACUAUUUGUAUUCUUUCAUUAGUUGUUUUUGUCCGAUGUAGCAAUCUGGUUAAAUUGAAAGUGAUUGCAAAUUUGUUUUAUUAUUUGAAAAAGCACAGAUGGACUCACAAAGUGUUUAUUUCAAUAAAAGUCAGUGUGGACCA